CUGACAAAAAACCUUUUAUUUUAUCUGUUUUUAUUCUUUUGUGCUUUCUUAGCAGAAUUAAACAAACAGUCAAGAAUAUUACGACGACGAGUGCAACAUCUUUUGCCAAGGGAUAAAAGACAGCGCGUCGAAUUUUGCGAAGGUAUUUUCAUAAUCUUUUCUGAUAUUUACAACAUUUUGAUUUUGUCACACAUAAUAAUUUUGAACAAAACACGCACAGGGUACCUCGCACAAUGUCGGCGAAAUAUAACGUUUCCCGAUUAUAUCAUGUGGACAGACGAGGCUACUUUCACGCCGAAUAGUGUGUUCAAUUCUCGAAAUUCCCUACUUUGGCAAGAGGAAAAUCCGCAGGCUAUUCAGCAGCGCACCUUCCAGUAUCGAUGGUCCAUCAAUGUGUGGGCAGGAAUAAUUGGAAACCAAGUGGUAAAUAUUCUUCUCAAGACAUCUUUUCUCCCGCUGAUCUCCUAAACUUCUUUCCUAAAAUUACCAUUGUCCAUUUUCAGAUAGACCCAUUCUUCUUUCCGCCGCGUCUCAACGGACGUCAGACGUACGCACAAUUUAUUGAACAGGAGUUACCUGUUCUCGUGGAAGACAUUCCUCUCCAUGUUCGAGAGAGAAUGAUCUUCCAACAUGACGGAGCUCCUGCGCAUUUCUGCCGCGAGACACGCGAAUUUUUGGACCAGCGUUUCCCACAGGACAGGUGGAUGGAUCGAGGUAGCCCAAUCACUUGGCCGGCACGAUCGCCAGAUUUGAAUGUGCUCGAUUACUUUGUUUGGGACCAUAUUAAAUCUAAAAUCGAGCAUAGGCGUGAUGGUACCAGAGAUGAGGUACGCGAUGCCCCAUUAUAGCGACCUUUCGUACCAUCACGCCGGACAUGGCGCAUCGUGCGACGCGACAAAUAACUCGAAGAGCCGAACUCUAUUCACAAGCAGAAGGAGGGCACUUGGAACAAUUAUUGAAUUAAAUAAUGAGAGUGGAUUAGGCCUACUGGGGAGACCACUUAGAAAUAAAACGCGCCGAGCUAUCUACCUCACAAGGUGGUGCGGAAAUGAUAGUUUUCGUACUACCCUAAAAUAAAAUAAAUAAAAUAAUUGCCCUUUCGGAAGUUUAUUAUUUACCGCAUCGGAUUUUUUCGUCGUUUCGUAUCAUUUUUUACUUCAGGAAUCGUGAAUUAAUGAUUGAUUCUUUCUUCGAUAUUCUUCUUCGGUAAGUAUCUUAUUAAAAAAUUAGGGAGAUGAGUGAAAUAUUCAACUAUAAAAUGUUUUUCUGCCAUUGUACGAUACAUAUACUCUUUAAGGACUUUACGAUAGAAUAUGAUGCGCUUUGUACACUGCAAAUCUGAGAGUAUUGUUGUAUCCGAGCCACAAGGUUUGUGGCAGCGUCCGUUGUCCGUGAGCCUUAGGCAUCCGAUGCUGAUUUUGACAUCUGAGCGAGGAUUGUCCUGACGACGGAAAAUCGAUAAGAAGUAAACAACAAGAACAGCUGACAGAGAGUCUCCGGCAAGCUGUCAUCGUAGACAGACGAGAGAAUUCAGAAUUAUUAAAAUAGAGAAUUAUUCUUGUUUGAAGUUUGAGAAAGUUGCGCUGUAUAUAGUAAAGCUUGAUAUUCUUACGCGAAUGUUCUUAUUUACCUGUGUGAAAGCGCGAGUGUGAGAGUGAGCGCAACAGUAUUAUUUUGACACGCAUAAGUAUGUGAUUGAUUGAAGCUUUCUUUACACGUCGUCCCUCGUCGUUGGAUCGUGUCACUUGACACGUUUAAACGCGUUAAAUGAUGUCUACAUGAAUCAAAUGACACACAGUUAGAAAUAUUUCGUAUUUUUGA